CCGACCGACCCGGACGACCCGACGGCCCCGCCGCCGCCACCAUCGGCUACUAGAAACCCUCGACGGCGAACAUCGUCUUCGUGGCAAUCGUCGGCGGGUUCGCCGUAUGCAGAAUCCUCACGGCGGCGUUCAUCCCGAUGCGCCGCCGCAACUAGCCCCCGGAGUUGAUCGAGGCCGGCACUCCGGGGGUGCCGAACAUACAGCCAGACGACCCGAACCCGCGGGCGCCGAAGAAGCAGGAGAGCCACCUGGCGGCCGGAGGAGGAGGGAAGAAGGCGGCGGCGGAGGCGGUGAAGCUAUCGUUCGUGAGGGAGGACAGGGGGAAGUUCGAGCUGACCGAUCUACUGAAGGCGUCGGCGGAGAUACUGGGAGCCGGGGGCUUUGGUUUUUCGUACAAGGCGGCGCUGACUUCCGGGCAGGUGAUGGUGGUGAAGAGGUUCAAGCAGAUGAAUAACGUUUAUAUUAUUUUUUUAAU